GGACGCUUUCCGCCCGGCCGAGAGACAAGAGCGACUGACGUGAUGGUGCGGACCCGCUCGCUGACCGCUUGGUCCAAGUCGCGAUUACGGCUGCAGCCAGAACGGCUAAAAAGCAGUGCGAGCGCAGGGUCUCUUGUCGAGCCGCGCGGGUUAGAGACGAUCGGCUGGCCGUGCCAAGUACUGAGUCACUUGGAUCGGCGCCACCCAAGUGCACGCUUCCAACGGCAUCGAUAAUACAUGACGGUGGCAUCAUGGCACACACAUACAAAGGUGGCGACGUUUCCUGCUCGUGCAGGAGCAGCAGCCCGUGGUCUCGCACGGCGUGUCGCGAGGGCGGACGCCGUCGCUAUUCGGGUUAUCUAACAUCCCAGCAUGCAAUCCAGCUGCAUGUGACGCAGCACAGGCAUUGCGGUGCCGGGCAGAGAUCAAGUGAGUCGCCACAGCGGUCUGCUUCGAGGAGGCAGUCGCAGUGUGACUCGCGCACCAUGGUCCCUCGUGGCGACUCGACACUGGCGACCAGCGAGUCGACUCGAGUUGCGGCGCUCCUGCCUUGUCUUUGGCAGAAGGCCUCGUCUAACAUGUCGACACCCGCAGCUUGGGCCCCAAGCACCACUCGCGAUACGCGAACACACCCUGAGAGACUACAAGACCGCUGGGUGGGAAUUGUCCACACUGGUAGCGUGACAAUGCUAACGUGUAGAGACCAUGACGUUGCGUUCAGGCUUCUCGGUGUAACGUGUGGGGGUAGUAAACGCUACGCGCACACCAGGGUAAGUCAUGAAGAGCUGUAUCGUCAUGCAAUCCGAGCCGCUCGUGCUGGGGCGAGUUGGGCUGUAACGCUAUCCUCCAUCUGGAGUUGAUCAUUUCCACAGCAGGUGGCGCAGAGUGAACACGGAGGAUGGCGUUCAACGAUGUAGCGCGCGAGUAAACCUGCCAUAUGAUGCAGCCAUGGACACGAAUCAUUUUUGCGAGAAUGGAUAGUCUUGCAGAUUCACGCUUUAGCAUGGCGGAGCAUGAAUCACGCUACACUGCGGUGGCGUUCUUUCGUUCUUUGUGGACAAAAUAGGAUAACACUGGUAGAAAUGACUGAUACAGUUUUCAUCUUCUCGUUGCGUCUAUUUCAACGAUGUCCCCCCCCCCCCCCUCC